GCAGGUGAAAGACAAUACAGAUUAUCACCAGCGAACAUUUGCAACAGGGUCGCUUCUCUUCAAAAGGUUGGGGCGUGCCGAAAGUACACACCGCCUUGUGUUGCUUGACUUCUUUUAAUUUCUUGGUCACUGCCCACUCGUAUUUUCCUCGCCAUGAGCUGAUCGACUUACGCUCUUCCAUCCUCUCUCCUCUCCCACGACUGAUCUCCCACCACCGCCAACAUGGCGUCGACAGCAGUGCGAAAUGGCAGUGCUGCUAGUAACCUCAAUGGAGGAGCAGUGGGAAUCACACCUGCGUCACGCUUCGCCGACAUCCCGUCCGCGAUCGAUAUUCCUGUGUCUGGCGGGCUUGACGCCGACGAGGCGGUCGAAGUCAAUCUCGAGGAUCUCCUUGACGACCCCACGGAGCUCUGCCAACUUUUGGAAAAUGAGAAAGCGGCUAAAAAUCUGUGGAUCACAAUUGCGUUGGCAUACGCAAAACAGGCGCAAUAUGACCACGCAAUCGAAAUUUUGGUCAAGGGCAUGGGGUCGCUGUCGAGGAGCGGGCCCAAAGAACGUCUGAGUCUGCUCGCAUGCGUGGCCUGGCUGAAUCUUCUCAAGAGCAGACAGGCGCCCAGAGUAUUACCUGAAAACCAACAAUCCUCCGAUGCAAAGACCAAGGAUCAUUACCUCCGAGAAGCCACCGCCUCGAUCAACGAUGCCCUUCGAAUCAACCCUGCCUUCCCUCCGCUGUAUCUCACUAGAGGCGUUCUCUUCCUCCUUCGAGCUUCCUUGCAAGCGUCAACCAAAGCCGGGUCAGAUGCUGAAAGAGCCGAAUCCCUCAAGCAGGCGCUCAAGUGUUUCGAUGACGCGCUACGAGCCUCCGAGGGUCGCAACAUGAUGGCAGCAAUUGGAAGAGCCAGGACAUUAUAUUUGCAGAAGCAAUAUGGUCCAGCAUUACAAGUGUACCAAGACGUGCUCGCCAAAAUGCCCGGACUCACAGACCCCGAUCCUCGUAUAGGCAUUGGCUGUUGUCUGUGGCAGUUGGGGUACCAGGAUCGGGCGAAGAUGGCCUGGGAACGAUCGCUCGCACUGAACCCAGAGUCAAAAAUUGCACACGCUCUGCUGGGUGUGUACUAUCUGCACGAAAGCGCCAAAUACCCGGCUUCCGACCCUCAGUUCAACGCUCUUUACAAAAAGGCUAUGAUCGAUCAUACGAAGAAAGCUUACACUAUCGACAAGAACUUUCCGCUUAGCUGUGCGACUUUUGCUAGUUAUUUCCUCCUGACUGGCCGCUACGAUACGGUGGAACCUUUAGCGCGAAAGGCCAUUGAACAGACUGACAUCAACGCAAUUGCCAGUGACGGCUGGUAUUUGUUGGCUCGAAAGGAGCACAACAAAGGUGACUUGUCCAAAGCAAAUGACUACUACAACAGAUCGGACCAGGCACGAGGCGGUUUGGAUCGAGGCUACUUCCCCGCGAAAUACGGUCUCAUUCAGAUUAUGAUUCAGACCCAGGAUAUCCAGGGUGCCAAGUUUCGACUCGAAAAUCUUUCUCAGCUCAACAGACAUGUGGAGGCCAUGACAUUACUGGGUUGCGUUUACGCUGAAGAAGCGUUCUCAGCCCAGAGCACAGCGACCAAAGACGAAAAGACAACCGCAGCGCGGAAGGCCAUACAAUUACUCGAGAACGUUCGAAAGACCUGGAAGGAUGAAAAGACCCGGAACAAGCCCGACGAGUCCGUUCUGCUUUACCUCGCGCGUCUAUAUGAGCUUGAAAAUCCAAUCGAAAGCCUGAAAUGUCUUCAGACGGUCGAACAAAUGCAAAUGGAGAAAAUUCCGGAUGAAGACAAGCCAGAUCCGAGUGAGGAGGAAGCAACAUACAUUGCUCAAUUGCGCGAGAACCUACCCCCACAGCUUCUGAACAAUAUGGCGUGCUUCCUGUAUGGGCAGGAGUCGUACUCCCUAGCUCGUGAGACAUUCCAGAUUGCGCUCAAUGCCUGUGUCAGACUCACCGAGAAGCAAGAGGCCGAAAAGAAGGCACUGGAAGAAGAAAAAAUCAACGCAGAGGAUGUCGACAACAGCGACACUGAUGCUUUGGUGACCACGAUUUCAUACAACCUCGCCAGGACUUUGGAAGCAUUGGGACUCACGGAGGAGGCUCAGAAAGUUUAUGAGGGUCUCCUUGCCAGACACGCCGACUAUACAGACGCUUCCGCCCGCCUCGCGUUCAUAGCCUUGGAAACAUCGCCGCGAGACGAGGGACCGCGAAAGAUUCACGCAAUUUAUCAGAAUGACUACGGCAACACUGAAGUCAGGGCUUUGAUGGGCUGGUACCACCAUAGCGCCAAGAAGAAGACGACCAACAUUGCAGAAGAUGCUGAGAAUCGCCAUUACAAGCACACAUUGCAGGGCUAUGACAAGCAUGACCUUUACUCUCUUGUUGGUAUGGGCAACAUUCACCUGACAAUCGCAAGAGAUAUGCCCCGGAAUACGGAUCAAGAAAAGGAAAAGCGGAGCAAGAUGUAUGCCAAAGCAUACGAGUUCUUUGACAAAGCGCUACAACUAGACCCUAAGAACGCUUAUGCUGCGCAGGGAGUUGCGAUCGCUCUCUGCGAUGACAAAAAAGCAUAUUCUGAUGCUCUACAGAUAUUCACAAAGGUCAAAGACACUCUCCGAGACUCCUCGGUCAACACCAAUUUGGGCCAUGUGAUGACGGAACUGCGGCAGUAUCAACGCGGCAUCGACAAUUACGAAAUUGCGCUGAGGAAGGAUGGCAAGAGCGAAAACGCCCAGUUAUUGGCGUGCUUGUCAAGAGCAUGGCUUUUGAAAGGCAAGGCCGAUAGAUCCAUCCCUGCUCUCAACACGGCUCUCGAUUACAUGAAGCGCGCUCUGGCCACCCAACCCGAGUCUCCUCAUUUGCAGUUUAAUGUGGCAUUCAUUCAGUUCCAAAUUGCACAACAUGUGAACCAAGCCAAGGAGACGGAUCGAACGCUUGAGGAUGUGGAUGCCGCCAUCGCCGGGCUUGAACAGGCCAUCGAUACCUUUGAACAGGUUGCUAGGCAUAAGCAACCGCCAUAUCCCCGGACAGCACUUGAGCAGCGUGCCGCUAUGGGCAAAAAUACCAUGAGGAAUCAACUAGAGCGCCAGCGCGUGAGACAAGCCGCCUAUGAGAAUGAGAACGCCACAAAAUUAAAGGAAGCAAAGGAGAGACGGCAGGAGGAGCUGCGAAAACGCGAGGAAGCAGCAAGAAGGCGCAGACAAGAGGAAGAGGAACGCGCACAGAGGAUUGCAGAAGAACGGCGAAAGAUUGUGGAAGAGACGGAGAGAAUUGCUGAGCAGAUUCGCGCCGAAGCAGCAGCAAGAGAAGCUGCCGAGUACACGGACGAUGAGGAAACUGGGGAACGCGUAAGACGGAAGAAGAAGCCUAAGGCCGGGGGCAAGCGGAAGAAGCGAGACGAUGAAGAUGGAUUCAUUGAAGAUGACGAAGAUGGAAAGAGCGAAAGAAGUGUUUCGCGGACUCCAAUGAGUGGCACGGACAACGAAGCUCCGGCUGAAAUGCCCAAGAAGAAGAAGAGAAGACUGGAGAGAAAGAGUGCUGCCAGAGAAACACCACGGCGAAAGAGUGACAAAUUCAAGUCCGCAGCUGUGGUAGUGGACUCAGAUUCUGAAUUAGACGACGAGGCCAGUGCAGUUGCGACCCCGGAAGAAGCCACCGCCGAGUCUCCGACAUCCGAAGUCCCAGAUAAGGAUGAAGAGAUGGAAGGUUUACGUGAUGAGCCGGACGGCGACGAGGACCGAGUUCAAACGAAACCGCCCCCUAGACAACGCAAGCAACUGCGGACAAUUGCCGAUGACGAUGACGAGGAUGAGGAUGAGGAUGAGGGUGAGGAAGAGACCUUCAAUGCAGGCGCCAAUGGUCAUGCGGACGCAACGAGGGCUUCUGCCGAAGUCGGUUUGGGAGGUGAUGAUGAUGAGUAGGCGUCAGGGCCUUGCAAGUUCAUGAUCUCUCAUCCCUCCUGCAUAGGAAGCAGGGAAGUUGAAUGGGCGCCGCUCAGCAAAAGUGUGCUUUGAUAUCAUUGCUUCUGGUGUGAUUUCCCCGUGAGUAUUGAAGAGCCUUUGCCUUAGCUGGUGGGAUUACCAGGUUUCUACAAUGUAUAACAUCACGGUCACUUCUAUUCCGUUAAUCAAGUAAAUGGGUG